CUGUUAAUUCACUGAAAUUCAUGAUGUAUUGAUAUACUCUUCAGUUCCCAGUAAAGCCCCAUAACAUGACAUGCAUUUACUGGCCAGGAGUGACUUCCGGUGUGGUCUUGUGCUGCUGUUGCCAAUCUGCUCCAAGGUCUUCAGAAGGUCGAGGUUCAGCCACGAGCCCAUUACACCUCUGGGAUUCAGCUGCUGGGCUUCCUCCUCUCACUCGUCGGUAUCUCUGCCACUGUCGCCGCCACGUUCAUGGUUGAAUGGAAGAAACAGAUGGAGGGAGAAAAUUACCGCAUCUAUGAGGGUUUGUGGAUGACCUGCAGUGGAGAGGAAAGGACCACAUGCCAGUAUCACGAGUCCCUCCUGGAGCUCCCCAGUGAAAUCCAGAUUACCAGGUCAAUUAUGAUGCUCAGCAUCUUCCUCUCCUCGAUGGCACUGAUGAUCGGCACAGUGGGAAUGAAGUGCACACGCUUCAUGGAUGACAAGGCUAGGAGCAAAUCCACAAUAGCUAUGGUUGGAGGAAUCAUGAUCACGAUCUCAGGUUUACUGGCUAUCAUCAUCACCUCCUGGUAUGUCAAAAUGAUUGUUGAUACCCUCCAUACGUCCCAUCACCUGCAAAGGUUUGAGUUUGGUAAGGCAGUGUUUGUCAGCCUGGCUGGCGGCCUGCUCAUGAUGGCUGGCGGAACUUUCCUGAGCUGCCGGCGAUGCUCAAGGUCCGAGUUGCCCGUGUCUAACCUCCACACUGACCACUUCAUGCCCACCACACACUCCAAGUCCAACUAUGUGUAGUCAAGAAGGGUUGACACAGUCCAUGCAGCAGUUCAUAUUUAGGGGGCAGAAACAUACUACUGUGGGAUUGAUGUGAACCACCUACUGUACAUAAUAAUAAUUACAGCCAGUAAUUACACAUCAUUUGUGCGUUUUAAUUAAAAAAUGGUGUUUUAAUGUUGACCUGUUUCCAAAUCAUGACGUUUCUCUUCACAACGACCAUUGGAGAACAAUUGUUUGAAGAGUUUACAGUGAACACAAAUGUUUCUGUACUUCUACAGUCUAAUGUAUGUUGUUUCUUUUUUUUUGUUGAGUUUUGAACUGUUUUGUUUUGUUUUUGUAACUCCUCCAGUUGUUUUUAUUACUGAUGCAAGUCAUUCUAUGGAAAGUUAAGAGUA